UUACCGAUUUUGCAUCAUCACUACUGUCAACUGUCAAACUACACGCUUAGCGGCCAUCUUUAAUAUCGAAAUCGGUCGGUAUUGUUGAUUGUAUAUUAAGCAAAUUUUCAGACUUUCUGGUUAAUAUUUGACAUCCAAAUUCAUUAUUCUGUUGAUUAAAUAACUAUAUAAUUCAAAAUGUGUCCCUAAACAUAUCAACAUUACAGUGUAUGUGACAAUUCUGUGUCCCAUUAAACUUCUUUUUUUACUGUGCGAUUUUUCGGCAUAACUCCGUAAGAAGCCCAUAUUGAAGCUUUAAUAAGCGUUUAUAAUGUCUAACGUGAGCUAUGAUCUCGAUACGUCAGGCGGUCUCAUGCCGCUUAUAAAGGCGUUGAUUAAGCCGCCUGACGAGGAAGUGAAUAACCAGAAGAGCAAGAAACCCCAGCAUCCUUAUUACAAGAGGCCUGGUAAAGGUCAUAACCGCGAUUCCUGUGACGCGUGCGGCGAAGGCGGGGACCUUAUCUGCUGCGACCGCUGUCCGGCUAGUUUCCAUCUGGGUUGCUAUGACCCACCCCUGGACGCGAACGACAUCCCAGCCGGGCUGUGGCUGUGCCGAGAGUGCCAUGGCGCGGACGAGCAGCCCCCCUCCUCGCGCAGCAGCCGCGCCGUCUCGCCGGCCGACAGCAAGGACUCGGAGAAGAAGACCAGGUCCCUUCGCAACCGUUCAAACUCCAUCAAGAAGACUGAAGAAGAUGAGAAAGACAAGGACAAGGAUAACAAAGAGAAAGAGAAGGAAGAUAAGGAGCUGACCCCUAUGGAGAUCCUCGUGAAGGCAGCCAAAGUGAUGAACCCGCGCCAGUUCGAGUUACCCAGGGAGAUGCGAGUGCCUUGCCCGUUCCCUGGGACUGAAAAAGAAAACGGCAAUGGCAACGGCAAGAACGGCAACGGCCUGGUGACAGUGGAUGCUUGGGGUUGCGUGCCACUACCGGCUAAAUCCUGCUUCGUUUGUCGCGGAACUUGUAAAACGGCCCCGCUAUUGGCUUGCGACUAUUGUCCGUUAUUAUUUCACCAGGACUGUUUGGACCCGCCGUUGACAGCGCUACCGACGGGUCGUUGGAUGUGUCCCAAUCAUGUGGAGCAAUAUAUUGAUUGGAAGCUGGUGAACUCGGUGUCAGCGUCAGAACGAGUAGCAUUGUGGGACCGGUUCUCUGCUCCGCCUGAUCAGCAAGCCAUCAAGAUUGACUUCAUCCGUCGUGCCAGGGCACACAGACCACCGUUUAGAGUGAAGGUGCCGGUGGGGGUCCGCGGGCGGGUGGUGGUGCCGGCGAUGGUGCGCCAGCACUACGCGGAGCCGCCGCCGCUGCAGCCCAGCCGCCGCGAGUACGUGCGCUGCAGAAACGUACUCAAAAAUCUGCAAGCGACCAGCGACUACGAGGCCUCAGACGAAGACGAGGAUGCCCCCAAACACACCAUCUGCCUCAACUUAUCGUGCACCAAACACAACGGGGAGCCCCAACCGCGGCCCGCGGACCUUAAAGGGGCCAGUGAAGAGGACGCCGCUGAUGAUCUCAAGGCCAUCACACAGCCUAAGGAGGAAGUCGCCUCAACGGAAAGCGACCGCUCCGACUCAGACAUAGAAUACGAAUCUCCAGUAAAACGACGAAGAGAAACACCCAGCGGGGCGGACGUGCUGCGGGCCGCAGUUGACGACCAGCUCAAGAAGCUAGACCAGAGCCUGAUCAAGCUGCUGGCUUGGCAGAGGCUACAGCAGAUUCUAGUAGGCGAGCAGUGCCACGGCCCUUGGUCCCGCCUGCCGCUCUCCUCGGAGGCCGAGGCGCUCGUGCACGCCGCCAUCCCGCGCGCACGCCUCGCCAAGCACGGCUACCAGCACGUGGCCUUGCCCUCCGAGCUGCUGUCCCGAGCGGAGCGGGAGCGGAUAGCGAGGGCGGUGUGGGGCGCCCAGCCGCCGCCGCAGCUCGUGCCCAAGAAUGAGCCGCCGCCGCAGCUCGUGCCCAAGAAUGAGGGGCCGCCUGAGGCGGUGUUGAAGGCUGCCGCGUGUCCUGUACUACGACCUGGCAGAUCGGGCCUAGGAGAUGGUCUAGGCAGACCAAUACCAAUGCGAUUAUCUCGAUUGACCUUCGGCGCUGACUCCAGCUGCGAUGUAGUACUCGACCCUACUCAGUGCCGCUACGUGUCGCGUCUACACGCCACUAUAUUCUAUGACGAGGUCACCCGUCACUUCGAACUAAUCAACUACUCAGAAUGGGGCUCCCGAGUCGACGGAGUGCUCUACGCAAUGGACGUCUCCGAGCGGGAGCCCCCAGUGGUGGACGACGAGGGAGAAGUCCGAGCCAAGGCCGUCAGGGACGUCGUGAGACACCGGGUGCAGUCAGGGACGGCCAGGGUGCAGGGCGCCCUCGCCUUGCGCGCCCCCCCUCCCCCGUGCGCCCCGUGCCGCUGCGCGCCCCCCCGCGCCCCCGCGGCGGCGUGGGAGGGGGCGGCGCUGGUGGCGCACGGCGCGCUGCUGCAGCUCGGCUGCCUCAUGUACGUGUUCAGCGUGGCCGACCACAAACCCUUCCCCUACGAGAGUGCUAACGGGGAGCCGGCGAUAUAGUGUGUGCAGUGUGGGAAUAAGUGACAAAUAUCUAAUAAAAAAUAACAAAAGACAAAACUUACGAUAAGAUAAGGUUCUGGGUCUGUAAUUAGUUUAUGUGGCUUCAGAUACUAUAGUAAAAAAAAUACAGCGAAUUUAAGUUUUUCAUACAAAACUUGUGUUUGCUCUAUUUCGUUUGUUUUUAAUACUAGAGCUUUAUAAACUUAUUACAGACCUAGAUAUACCUAAUGUCAUUGUAUGUCCAAAGUUUCAUUACAGUCCAAUACGUAGUUUUAAAAUGAGAACGAAACUCCGGGUAGGUGAAAUUCGGCCGAGCUUGCCGGGGAUUUAAAAACGUCAUAUUAUCAUAUCGAUCACGCGACACGGGGGAACUCGGUCCACGGGACGUUGUUACAGUUUAGCUGGGCUUUUGUAUGUGUUCAGUGUGGCCGAGCUCAAACCCUACCCGUACGACAGUGCUAAUGAGGAACCAGCUAUAUAGUGUGUGGAUGACUUGAAUUGUACAAAUAAAUGACAUAUAAGGGCUAAAAACAUUUCACCCUUGAAAUUGACGUAGUUUAAAAAAAAGGUGUAAAAUCAAACCAAGCUAACUGCAGCGAUUUUGAUAGCACCGCAUGAUUCCAUAGGAGUUUGACUAAAAAACGCAAUCUGUGCUAUCAAAAUCACUGCAGAGUUAUCUUGGCCUGACUUUACAAACAUUAACAUUACAGGCCUAAAAACUUAUAUUAAAGAUAUAAAAUUUAAAAAUGUCCUAAAAUUACUAAAUAUUACAGAAAACUACAUGAAAAUGCUACCUAAAUUAAUACGAUAGGUAUUACAUUAAAGCACGUAAUGUAAUCCAGUAAGAUUGUAUUGAUUGAUCCAGUAAUAAAUAUUAUAUUUAAGCUCAAUAUAUAAUUUGUUUUAUAAACAACUAUCUGAAAAAAAUAACAAUAUAAUUGAAAACUCACCAUUUUAAUAACAUCUUGUACAUUCGCCAUCAGAGCGGCUAGAUAUAUCGGAGCGGCCAAGGCGCUCACAAACCAGAGUUGGGCGCAAUUAAUUACUUGUGUAAUUUAAUUACAUGUAAUUUAAUUUGGUGUGUAAUUUGCAAUUGCAAUUACAUUUGGUAAUUAAAUUACUCAAUUACUUUUCGUUAACCUAAAUUAAUUUUUAACAAGCAGAAACGUCUGCGAUCGAUGUUAUUAAGCUUAUAAUAAAUUUAAAAGUGGAAAAAUUACUGCCUUGGGUGAGACUUGAACUGUUUUUUUUCGUUAACCUUUUUAUUAAUUUGCAAAGAUGAACAAUUUUACUUGGAGUAAUCAUUAGAAAAACAAUCUUUCAUUCCAAUAUACCCUGGAUAACGUUAUAACAUAUUUUUAUCCCGGGAAUAAUAAAUAAAUGAAAGGCACUCAUUUCUGCCGAAAAUAUACGCCCCCGGGCGUUCAAAUAUUACGUAACGCAAUUUUCGAAGAUAUUUCACCCCUUUUUUGUUCAGAUUUUUGUCACUAACCGUUUCAGUUGAAGCAUUGUGUAUAAUCUCAUAAUCAGAACACUGAGGAAUUGAUAGUAUAAGUUGAUUUGGCCUUUUGAGCGCCAACGUUUGAAAUGGACAUGGUUGUCAUGUGUGUUGCAAAAAUAUCUCCACUACAGUCGCCAUCAGAUAUAUCGGAGCGGCCGAGGUGCCCAAAAAUAUCUGAACGCGCAACCUAACGCUUUGACAAUAAAUGAGUGUUCAGAUGUUUGUGACAGUGUUGGGCAAUUGCAAUUACAAUCAGUAAUUGAAAUUCGUAAUUUCAAUUACAUGUAAAAAGUAUUUGCACCUUCAAUUUACAAUUGCAAAAUGUAAUUGUUAAUUAAAUUUCGGAGGCGCUCACAAAUAUCUGAACACACCUCUAUUGUCAAUGCAUUAGAGCGCGUGUUCUGAUAUUUUCUGCACCUUGGCCGCUCCGAUAUAUCUGAUGGCGACUUUACGACUUUUAUCAUGGAGCACAUCUCAAAUUUGCGAAAAAAAAUCCGCUGUUCCACGUUUUCGGAAACCCUCUCAGAGUAUGGUCACUUGGUCAGACUGUGACUUCAAAACCAUCUUGUAUACUAUAUGGCAAUUAUACCCUUAUAUAAAGAGGCGUGGCGCUCACAAUGUAAAACAGGUAAAAAGCCUGAUUUGUUAUAGAUAAAAUUUUCUCUACUGAGCUCGUUCACUUACCUGUACUAACAAUGGCAUUCUGUUAAACAAAAGCCAUUAUUUCUUUUGUGUGCGCGCGUGACCAUUGUGCCUGAGCGCGUGGCCAUUGUGUGUGAGCCUCAGGCACAAAGGCCACGCGCUCGCACAAAAUCAAUAAUGGCUUUUGUUUAACAGACUUCCAUUGUUAGUACACAGGUAAGUGAACGAGCUCGAUAGAGAAAUUGUUAUCUAUAAUAUCGUGUUUUAUUUGACUGAGUGAAUGGUAGCAAUAAUAGUAAAAUGUAGUUAAAUGAACUUUUCUAUUGAAUAAUUUUGUGUUAAAUCAAAUAGGGGUACGGCUAAGGUGCUCAAACAUGAUGUCAAAAUGAUAAAGAUUGUAUAAAGAUAAGUAUUAACAUUUAAAUAACUUAGGUGUCUUUACUGGCUGUGUGCAUGGGCGCCCAUCCAGCGGUUAUAGGGGGGGUUUCAUCAAACAUUUACUUUUUUCGAAAAACCAUAAACUUUUGAGUUAUUUAGACUCAGAAUCACGAGUAAUAUUGAAUGAGAAAAAAAAAGUGUCCCCAGUUUUUCAUACAAAUUUUGGGUGUCAGUUUUGUAACGGUCCAUAGGUACAAAAUAUGGGAAAAUGCGUUACAAAACUGACAUAUUUUUUUUUCUUUUUAAUCGAUAGCCCUCGUGAUUCUGAGCAGAAAUAACCCAAAAGUUGAUUGAUUUUGGAAAAAAAAAGUAAAUGGUACACUUUUAAGUGAAAAUGUCUAUAGAAGACAUUUGUUAAGAUUGAAAAUGUUCAUAUUUUUUUACAUCAUUUAUUUCAUUUCAUUUCAUUUUUCAUUUAUUUAAUGCAAAAACCAUGGUUAUAAAAGGUGUUACAUAGAGAUUUGGUACAUGGUCACCCUGCAAGGGCGUAGCAAUGUCUUAAAGACUAGUUAAAGCUAAAAAGUUAAUUAUAACAUUGAAUUGGUGAAUUAUCGUCAAGAAAUAAUUUUAUAAUUAUAGCAAAUUAGAAUGUUAUAUUGUCCAUCCGAGUGCGAUUAUCGCUUUUAGUUUCUUCGUCAUGCACAUAGCCAAAACUGUGUGACGAUUCACUGUGUUGACCCUUUGAUCAUGUGCGGGGCGUCAUUGUGAACCUACAAGCUUUUAUUUAACUUGCAAUGUACCUAUGUUACAAGUUUAUUAUUAACUUGCAAUGUCGGUAUGUAUACUGUACGGGUCAAAUCUUGCAAGUUAAAUUUGACCCACUUCCCGACUUCCAAUGAAGCUGAAAAUGUGCAUAUAUAUGCAUGUCGGGUGACAAUGCAAUAUUAUGGUACCAUCGAGCUGAUCUGACGAUGGAGACAGGAGGUGCCCAUGGAUCUAUGAUAAACCAACGAAACCUAAUUGUGUUUUGGGUUUUUAGAAUUAGCCUCAUGCAUGAAGUUUAUAUUUGAACGAAAUAUUUUUAUUCGGAUGUUUGUGAUCGUUAUAUCCUUAUAUCAUAUUACAAAUGCAUUUCCGUUAUUACAUUAUCAUUUAAUUGCUUAUAAUAAUAAAUAAAAAGUACAAAAUUUUGCCCGCGAAAAGCUAGUGAGCGAAACGUCGCGUGACGUCACGCGUUCGACAGACUAGUUCACAUAAGUGUCAUUAGUAGCAAACGUCAGUCGGUCCGUCCAACGUGUGACGUCAUCACGCUCUUUCGAAUUCGCGCCAAAAAUUAUGAGCGUUUCAACCGCUCAAAACUUUUCAACAUUUUAAAUAUUUUUUAAUAAAAUAAUGUGAAGGUUUACAAGAGUAUUUUUAUUUUUUUCCGGUGUUCAUACGAUUAUGAUUACAAAAAUUACAAAAAAUUCACGCAUGGAGCUAAUUGUCUCGAUGAGUAUUAGUUACCAUAUAUUUAGUAUAGUGUGCCGAACCAUUUGGUCACUUUGACUGCUACAGAGUAUUUGACGCUGAGUUACAGUUACUAAAAUUCUUGAUAUCACGUCUGAGCACUUUCGUAUUCUUAUAUUAAACCUGACUGUACCAAAUGCAAGUAGACAUGGCGGAUUGUAAAUCAGAAUAGUACGCUUGUACUGCACGCGGUUGCGAAUGUUGUUUUAUUGAAUGAAUGAAUCAAUUUUAUUACGAUAAUUAAUUUUAGCUAGGUAAUUAGGCUGAUGU